AUGGAGCACCUCGCGCGCGCCAAGGCUCCUCGAUCUCGGAUAUACCAUCUCAUGGCCGAAGAGAUGUCUUUCAAGGUCACGGUCGCUCUCCGUGCAUCAAGAGUGGAGAAGUGGAUCCGCGACGUCAAGAGGGACAUUCUCGAUGCCGCACCAACCAAGUGCGUCGGCUUGGACUGCGAGUUCACCGACCCUCGCGAGGGUGAUCACCGCGCCGCCGUCCUUCAACUCUCGGUGGCGACCGAGACUUUGGUAUUCCAGAUUUAUUGUGCCGAUGAAGUGCCACAAGUUCUCAAGGAGUUCUUGCAGGACGAGAACAUCAGAUUCUUCGGCGCUGCUAUCGGCAAGGAUGUGGAGAUGUUGAGUCCCUACGGUAUUCAUAUUACUUCUGCAUUCGACCUCCAGAUCUUACUCCCGAACCCCACCAACAAGCCCAAUCCGAGUCUAUAUGAUCUGGCAAACUCUACCAUUGGGACAAACCUUGAGAAGAAGAAGAGGAAGAAGUACAAGAAGAACGACGCCGCAGAAGAAAAAGAAGAUGAGCUGAUUUUUGGAUGGGCCAAUGUUCCAUUGAGCUACGAGCAAGUGCGCUAUGCCGCUCUAGACGCUCGCCUGGAUUUCGAGAUGGCUAGGAGGCAUUGGAUGCUUGUUGGCUACAAUAGCCAUGUUGAUCGUCUCAAUAUUUAG